AUGGGCGUGGUCGACCACUUUUGCGUGCGAUGUGGUUGCCGGUAGCUCUGGCUCUGGGGAACCUCUUUCUUGCCUGUCUCUGUGAGGAGAUAUUCUUGAACGGUAGCAGAACCUGUGAGGAGUUUGAGGUAGAUUUGUAUCGUCCAUACAGUCCUCGAGUUCUCUGCUGUCUGCUGCCCGAGGACUUUUACUGGUGCGAAUCGGUAGAAGAUGCCAACACUACAAGUCCAUGCAGGUUUGGAGGGCAGACAUAUGAAGAUGUGCAGACGACAUUGGUGAAUUGCUCGGUUUUGGAAGGAGUUGAGUGUGCUGGAGAACGCAGUUUCACUAAAACAGAUGUUCCUUGUGUAAAGUCAGAAACAGGGUGUUCUAUAGCCACUAUAUUAUAGUAAAUUUGUGUUCCUCUUAGAUAUAAAGGGCACUAUUUCCCAACCAUAUUCCUCUACUCCUUGUUUCUUGGGAUUUUUGGAGUGGACCGAUUUUGCCUUGGCUACACAUGUCUCGGCAUAGCCAAGCUCCUGACACUGGGUGGAUUUGGGGUGUGGUGGGUUGUGGAUGUGAUGCUCCUCCUGACUGGCUCCCUCAAUCCUGAGGGUGGCUACAACUGGGAGCAGUUCUACUGAUCUGAACCUACUCUCAUUUGCUUUUAUUUUUCACAAAAAUUUUGAAACUCCAUCAUGUGAAAGAAGCACCCUUGUGUAGUAAGUUCUUGUUUCUGCAGCCUUUGGGCAAUGUCCACAUUUGGGACCUGCUCAGGCACCCUGAAGAGAU